UAAGGAAUUACUCGGUUUUAUUUUAUCUAAUAUUUUCGUUCGGAUCUGAAAGUAAAGUGAAAAACAUUUUUUCAGUAAUUAAUACUUGUGAGAAGUGCUUAUACUAAUGUAAAUCGUGUAAAAAAUUCUUUAAGAAAAUGAUUUACACAGAAUAAUAUCUAAAGUUGUCAAAGUUUGUGUUAUACUUAAUUUCACACAGCAAAUAAGGACGUGGCUAACAAGAAGAUAUAAAAACGAAACUACACAAAUUAAAGGAACUUUCUCAAAUAAGAGGAACACCAAAGACACGUCAAGAGUUUUUUCAUAAAUAAACGCAAAUAAAAAAGUAAAAAUUGUAUCGGUGUCUUUAAGGAUUUAAUAUGAGCGGCGCUGGAGUUGGUGGUGACUCUGCAGAGCAAAGUGGUCCGCGAGUGGUACAUAUAUAUAAAACGGAAACAGGCUUUGGUUUCAAUGUGCGUGGACAAGUUUCUGAGGGUGGGCAACUUCGUUCAAUAAACGGGGAAUUAUAUGCUCCUCUACAACAUGUGAGUGCCGUUCUCGAAAAUGGCGCUGCAGAAAAGGCAGGAAUAAAAAAAGGAGAUCGCAUUCUAGAGGUGAAUGGUGUUAGCGUAGAAGGAGCUACUCACAAGCAAGUCGUAGACUUGAUCAAGUCGGGUGGAGAUUGUCUAACGCUAACUGUAAUUUCAGUAACACAGCAAGAGGCGGAAAGGCUUGAACCUCAGGAAGAUCAGACCGGUUAUUCAUAUAUUGACUAUUCGGAUAAACGAUCGUUGCCUAUUAGUAUACCAGACUACAGCAUUGUGAACCGCAAUGGAGAGCGUUACAUCGUGUUUAAUAUCCAUAUGGCUGGGCGUCAACUGUGUUCUCGUCGUUAUCGCGAAUUUUCCAAUCUUCAUUCAAUAUUAAGAAAGGAAUUUUCUGGAUUUAAUUUUCCUAAACUGCCUGGAAAGUGGCCAUUUCAAUUGAGCGAGCAGCAGUUAGAUACACGCCGGCGUGGUCUUGAACAGUACUUGGAGAAAGUUUGCGCCGUGCGCGUCAUCGCCGAAAGCGACGCGGUGCAAGAUUUUCUCACUGACUCAGAGGACGAUAUAUCCGCUUCUCCAGUGGAUAUAAAAGUAAUGCUGCCCGAUCAUGAAGUAUCGACGGUCUCGGCCAGAAAAUCUGCCACCGCGCAGGUGGUGUGGGAACUUUUGGUUCAGCGCGCCAAUCUUACUUCGUACACACAGCAAUAUUUUUAUCUCUUUGAGAUUGUCGAAUAUAACUUCGAGAGAAAGUUGCAGCCACACGAGAUUCCACACCAACUGUAUGUUCAAAACUACAGUACCGCCUCCAGCACUUGCUUGUGUGUGCGCCGGUGGCUAUUCUCAGUGAGUAGGGAACUUGGCUUACCCGAUGGCGAACAAGCAGCAAAGUUUAUUUUCUACCAGGCGGUCGAUGAAGUCAAUCGCGGAUAUAUUCGUGCUGAAGGUCGACUUUACGAAUUGAAAGCCUUACAGGAUGCAAAGAAAGCAUCAGAAUAUUUGGCAUUGGCGCGCACGCUCCCCGGAUAUGGCGAUGUCGUAUUUCCGCAUUGUUCCUGUGAUAGUCGUAAGGAAGGACAUGUAGUACCAGCUGUAGGUAUAACAAGUUUUCGUUUGCAUGCUUGUCGGGAAGAUGGUUCGCUUGAGGCGCAAGUAGUCGAGCUAACCUGGGAAAGUAUAACUCGCUGGGAAAGUGACGAAGAGUCAAUGUCAUUCUGCUUUCAAUACAAUCGUCCGGAUAAGCCGGCGCGUUGGGUGAAAGUAUACACGCCAUAUCAUUCAUUUUUAGCCGAUUGUUUUGAACGAAUAAUUGAAGAACGCAAGUGGGAAGAUACCGGCGAUUAACAAAAGAACGUCCAUAACGCUUGAGCGUGGGCUUCACUUUAUUAUAGUUUUAAAAUAUUUUAAGGGCUUCACAUAACUCAUCAAAUAAUUAUCAACUUCAUUCCCCUACAUUUUUAUAUACUACUCAUUAUUAUAUCUUUCCAGAACUAUCUGAACGCUGUAGCAUUAUUUUCUACCCUUAUCAUUUUUCUCUUCUCACCCACUCUAAGUGAAAUAUUGCUUGUACUUAGGUAUAGAGAGUCCUGAAACGUCACUGUAACUCGUUGUUGAAAUUGAAGGGAUAUCUAUAAAUUCCAACAUAUUAUAUAUUAUAUAUAAACAUUUUUAAAUUUUGUUGUACACUCUCAAGUACUAUACAAAUCGAUCAACUCAACACACCAUAAUAUAAUAUUUAUAAUUCUAAAAUAUUGAACAAAUUAUCAGAAGUGUUGAAUCACAAAAAGUUAACGAACAUUACACGCAUGAAUUAAUACUUACCUACGUGCAUAUAUCAUUUUAUAAAUCAGAAACAGUGGUUUUUGUAAUUAAGUAAAAACAACUGCAUACAAGCAUACAUAUAACUGAUUAAAAAUAUUCAUACAAUGCACCAUAAACACAGUGAAAAUUGACAUCUGCGCACCAAGAACAAAUUCAAUUGCUUAUAGCGUCACUACAUUAAACUAAUCUAAGAUGUUUAAAGAAAUUAAUGUUAAAAUUGUUGUCAAUUUCUAAGAAUCAAGCUUAGGUACUGCGUAGUAAUUAAAAAAAAAUAACUCAUUAGUAGCGCAAGUAGGGGAUAUCUAAGUGAAGCCAGAAUGAUGAUCGAUUGAGUGAAAAAUCAAAUAACAGCAAAUUCUAUUCUUAAGAUUGCCUAUUAAACUGUUUAUAAAUAAAAAAGUCUCUAAAACGCGUUAAAAAUAGUUAUAA